AUGAAGGAAAGCCUUAAAUAUCAAAAAGCAAACGAAAUGUUCGCCAAGGAACCACUAUGGAUUGCUGUGAAUGAAGAAGACAAGAAAGAAAUAUUCAAGGACUGUGUCGGGUUCGUUUCUCGCCGUGAUAAGGAGAGAAAAGAGGAAAGUCGGAAAAGAAACCUUGCUGCAUUCAGUCAUAUUCUGCAGAGUAUGGAUCACAUCACUUAUAAAACAACUUGGGCUCAAGCACAAAGAUUGUUGAUUGAGAAUCCACAAUUUGCGGAAGAAACUGAUCUACAAUUGAUGGACAAAGAAGAUGCUCUUACCGUUUUUGAAGAUCACAUAAAAGCAGCCGAAAAGGAGCAUGACGAGGAAAAAGAGCAAGAAGAAAAACGUCUCCGGAGACAACAUCGAAAAGUUCGAGAAGACUACUUAUUACUUCUUGAGGAUCUUCAUAAACGAGGAGAGAUUACUUCCAUGUCACUUUGGUCUUCUUUAUUCCCUAUUAUUUCAACUGACUCUCGAUUUGAACACAUGCUAUUCCAACCCGGCUCUUCUCCACUCGAUUUAUUCAAGUUUUUCGUUGAAGAAUUGAAAGAUCAGUACUCGGAAGAUCGUCGUCUCAUAAAAGACAUUUUGACUGAAAAACAAUGUCAAAUAAUUGCCACAACGGAAUAUAAAGAGUUCGCUGAUUGGGUUCUUUCGCAUCCAAAUGGAGAGAAAGUAGACCAUGGUAACAUGAAACUCUGUUAUAAUUCCAUGAUUGAAAAAGCUGAAAAUAAAGCAAAAGAUGAGGAGAAGGAGUCGUUGAGAAAGAAGAGACGAGUGGAAAGCGAAUUCAGAAAUCUUUUGAAAGCUCACAAUGUGGAUGAGGAAACUGAAUGGAGUGUUAUCAAACCAAAGAUUGAGAAGGAGAAAGCAUAUUUGGCUUUGGAAGACGACGAAGAACGAGAAGCUGCCUUCAGGCACUACAAAAAUGGAACAACGGGAACAGCUUCAGGUGGUGAAGUUUUGGAAAAACCAAAGAAGAAGAAAAAGGACAAAAAGAAGAAAAGCAAGCGUAGUGAUAACAACUCGGAAUCGGAAGGAGAGAUCAGAGAGAAAGAUAAGAAGAAGAAAAAGAAGCACUCGAAAGAAGACAGAACUGACGAUGACGAGAAAAACAGAAAAUCAAAAAAGUCCCGAAAGCGUAGUCGCUCACGGUCGGUGUCUCCACGUCAUACUUCGGAAAAACGAAAGAGACAUGAAUCGGAUACAGAUUGA